AUGUGGAUUAAUACAAAAGAUUUUACAUGUUCAGGAUCACCUAAUACAACUUAUUCAGCUAUGAAUUAUAAUGGAAGUUGUACGAUGUUUCCUAAUGAUCCUGAUUGGACAACAUAUAAACUCAUAAUCGAUGUUGAAAGAAAAAUUGUUCAAAAUUUUGUUGCUUAUAAUUUUAAGAAUUGUUAUCAAGGCAAUGAAUUAUUUUUAGCAAAAACACCUGUAUUAUUAGAUGUUUGUGUUCCUUUAUAUUUGGUAAUUGGUCCAAGUAGUUACGCACCAAUGGGUGGUUUAAUUUUUAAUUGCAAAGAUUGA